AUGGGUGCUACAGGUCUAAAACUGCUUCAUAAACAGAGCGCAGCAAGCAGGGCAGAACUGCACAGUGUAUGUAAUGCAGACUGGAACGAAAUAGAACUUCUCUGCGAGAAGGAAGGCGACCUCUGCGGGAUUGCUGUUCCUGCAGAGACAAAGGAGGAGAAAGGCCCCAGAUCAGGCGAUAAUUCUCCUUGUCGGGGACCCCGUCCAACCCCAGACAUAAACCAGCAGCCAAGGCUACUCAAGUUUGGGGAAGAAGCGUCCCCAAUUACUAUAUCCAUAGUGAAGUGCCCAGGCCUCCAUUAUGAAGAGCAUAUGCAAUCCCCACAAGGCUGUCAUAUGUCGCUGCACCCGCCUCUCCACAUGAUGCAGCAAACAUUAGUCCCCUCGCAGCAGGGCAGCUCCUAUAGGAACCCCCUUGGGGAGGAAGCUGGGGAAGUCGGCAGUAAAGGGGCCCUUGAGAGCUUCGGUCCGACGUUCGCUACAGAAUUAUUAGCAGAUAUUGAGCUAGGUGGAGAGAUUGGAUCUCCUGCCAGUGAUGGUGGUGCCGCACUGGCAGCAGCGGCAACGGGAGCCACUGCCGUUAUCGCUGCACCAUGCGCCUGCAACCACUCUACACAGGCCCCCCACAGCAACUUCUUUUGCCUAUAUGGGCCUCAACAAGUAUUCGGUGAGAUGCCUCCGUUACGAAACAAAGCCGAGACACCAAUGUUUAUGGAUCCACACGAAUAUGGUGCCCUUCGAGGACGGAGAACGGGAAAAGUGCGUUCAGAACAGAGCCCUAAUUGUUGUUGUAAGAAAACAAAAAAGGCAAAGGCUCACUUAGAAGGACAUCUCACAACGCAGUAA